AUGAGCAUCAACAAGGACCUGCUCGGCCUCGACAGCCUCGACACGCUCCCCGUGAUCUCCAUAUCCGCCUCACAGUCUUUAAACGCGUCGGCUGCGUUUAGAGAGCCGAUAUCCACAGGGCUUGCGCGUCUGGACGAGGCAUUAGAUGACUCGCCUGCCGACCAACGCCGAUCUGGUGGGAUACUCCGUGGCCAGGUCACCGAGGUCUUUGGGCCACCGGGAGUAGGGAAAACAUCCUUAGCACUAGGCGUCGCAUCGAAUGCACUCCGCGAUGGCGGAAAAGUCAUCUGGAUCGAUACUGGCUCACCAAUCCCAACAUCCCGACUCAAAUCCAUGACCCCAGAUCUAGACAAUCUAACCUACUUCCGGGCCCCAACACUACCACACCUCCUCGCCCUUCUCACCCGCCCACCAAAAGGCUUCCCACCUGAGGAAACAAGUCUCCUAGUUAUCGACUCCAUCUCCUCCCUCUUCCCAGGUUAUUUCCUCAGCGCGGCAGAACUAAAAGACCGACUCGCACAAGGCAAAAUCACCGACAAAGCCCAGCUACAGUGGUUACUAAACCGCAAAUGGAACGUCAUCAGCGACGUAGCCACGCAUCUAUCGCGUCUGGCGGCGCGGAAUAUCGCCAUCCUAGCAUUGAACCAGACACAUACUAAGAUCAAGGGCCAGCCACGCGCGACACUACAUCCCGUCGUUGCGGGUGGUACGUGGGAGACGAAUGUUCAGACGAGGAUUGUUCUGUAUCGAGAUUUACCUGAUAUGCGGUUUGCGGAGAUUACGAAGAGAGCGGGGAGGACUUUGCCUGUGCGGUUGAAUGAGCUGAUUGUUCCGUUUUGUAUUGGGGAGAAUGGUCUUCAUGAAGUGGAAGAACCGAAGAUUCCUGAAAUUCUUGAACCGACGCCUAGUCGGAAACGGAAAGCCGAGAAUGAAGUUGCGGAUAGUCAAGAUGAAGAUUCGGAGGAAGAGUAUGAAUGGAUGGGCGAGGCCUUGCUGGAUGAUAGUUGA